UAUAAAAUGUGGUUUUUGUAGAUUAUUCCGCUAUCAAAGUAGGUGUACGCCGUUUAUUUUUUCUCUGGAACCAUGUCUCCAAUUAUUGCACUCUGUUUGGCACUUUGCUUCGUUCAGGCGACCUUGGCAGCAGAUCAAAAAUGCGAAGCCAACGCCGUGUUUAGAGCCAACAAAGUCUGCGAACCUUUCUGCGGACAAAACUGGGUAGAUUUAGCGUUUGAAUGCACCACCAAUCUCAAGCAGGGCUGCGUCUGCAUACCGGGCUACAUAAGAAACCCGGCCGAUAAGUCGUGCGUAUUAUCGGAGGAUUGUCCUGGAGCGAGGAAAGAUUAAGUGGAAUAGACGGAGAGCGUAAAUUAUGUUGUAUUGUCUCAAUAAAAAAUUUUCA